GGCAACCAACGCACAUAUUUUGAAUCAAUUCAUUCUAAAACCAUUCUAUUCAUAAGACAUAUACAAUUGGGUCAUGCCUAUGUGUGAGACUUUUAGGAACAAUAAUAGUAAUAUGUACUUCGUUGGAGUGGACGUCGGUACAGGAAGUGCUCGGGCGGCGUUAGUCGAUGGUACUGGACGAAUUCUAAAAAAAUCUACCAAUGUUAUUCAAACGUGGAAUCCCGAAGAGAACUUUUAUCAACAAUCGUCCCAAGACAUAUGGCAGAGUUGCUGCAAAGUCGUGAGGRAAGUCACCAAAGGAGUACCAUCCGAGACUAUCGGAGGUAUUGGAUUUGAUGCUACGUGUUCUCUGGUAGUUGUGRACAGUGAUGGACUACCAUUAUCAGUAAGCAAAAACGGCGAACAAGAACAAAAUGUAAUACUGUGGAUGGACCAUAGGGCCAAGAAGGAAGCAGAUUUCAUCAACACAACGAACCAUCGAGUGUUGAAGUAUGUGGGAGGUAAAAUAUCGUUAGAAAUGGAAACACCGAAAAUUCUUUGGUUAAAAAAUAAUCUACCAAAAAACACGUUUUGGCAAAGAGUGGGUAUGUUCUUCGAUUUAUCUGACUUCCUAACUUGGAAAGCUACGAAUGCCGUUUCCCGGUCACUGUGUACGGUUGUCUGCAAAUGGACGUACUGUGCAGAUCAAACGUUGCAGGGAGGUUGUUGGGAUCGCUCGUWUUUCGAAAAAAUUGGUCUGGACGAUUUGAGCCAAAACGAUUGGUCGGCGAUAGGUAACGAAAUCUUUGAGCCCGGACGACCAUGUGGUAGCGGACUGACCGAUAAAGCAGCCCGUGAAUUGGGAUUAGCCGUCGGGACUCCGGUGGCCACACCAUUGAUUGACGCACACGCCGGAGGACUGGGAAUGAUCGGGAUUGGGUCAAAAAAUUUGACGAACUCCAGAAACCGAUUAGUAAUGAUUGGGGGUACGUCGACGUGUCAUAUGUUACUCACCGACAAAGAAGUGUUCGUGGACGGCAUCUGGGGACCAUAUUACGGUGCCAUGGUACCGGGCUUCUGGCUUCUAGAAGGCGGCCAAUCAGCCACGGGCAAACUGAUCGAUCAUGUAAUCAGCACUCAUCCUGCCGCCAAACAUUUGAACGUCACAGAUGACCUGAGAGCGGAAGACUACCUGAACGGGUUACUCGUGAAAAUGGCCGCUGACAAAGGUUUGGAUGCGAUCGAUAUGUUGACAGAAGACUUUCACGUAUAUCCUGACUUCCACGGAAACCGAUCCCCCAUAGCGGAUCUCACACUUAAAGGAAUGUACGGAACCAGACACAUCAUAGAAUCUGUGGAGGARAAAAGCGGAGGAUUGUUAAACAUCCAAGAGAUCCUCAUGUGCGGUGGACUGAGCCGAAAUCCGGUGUUUAUACAGUGCCAGGCUGACGUAUCUGCGCUUCCAGUGCGCACUUCCAUGGAAGACGAUCCCGUCCUCAUCGGCUCAGCCAUGCUGGGCGCCGCAGCUGCGUGGACGUCGUCCAAAUCACAGACUGAACUCCGUCCGUGGACGUCGUCACUCAGAGACGCCAUCGCGGCAAUGGCCAGCGAAUCGCGCACUGUACACCCUUCGUUGGAUUUGCAGGAGUAUCAUAAAAGAAAGUAUAUGGUUUACUUGAAUAUGCUAAAACAUCAAAAUACUUACAAGAAUAUUAUGUCAAGCAACCAAUGAAAAUAAGUAUAUUUUAAAUAAAAUUAAAAUUG